AGCGAUAUAUAAUUUAUAUGUAUUUUAAUCUAUAAAUGUCUAUAAAAUUAAGGGAGAAUCUUUUACGUAGUUUAAACACAACGCAAAUUAUUUUUAUUCCCGCCUAAUUGAAUUAAACGUAACAGGAACAUUGAUUAUAGAAAUGAUAUUUAAUUCAUGAGGUCAUCCACUUCGAUCUGUAAAGUUUCCAACAUAUCGGUAGAAAUAAAUAUCUUAUAUCUAGAUCUCGAAUUAUAAAUUUCCUUCCCAAAGGAAGUGUUUUGUCUAAAUAUAAGAGGAAUUAUUUCAUAGCUGAAUUGUUAUAAAAGGAGUUUAAUAAGUAUAUAGUGUAAUUAUCUUGGUAUAAUUUAAAGAAUUUAGAAAAUGUCUAAAAGAAAAGGUCUAACACUUGAUGAAAAGCGAGCGAGAAUGCUUCAAUUGUUUUAUGAGAGGAGAGAGUUUUUUACGUUAAAGGAGUUAGAAAAAAUUGCACCUAAGGAGAAAGGUAUUGUUACUCAAACUGUAAAAGAUGUUCUUCAAACAUUAGUAGAUGAUGGUCUAGUUAGAUCUGAUAAAAUUGGAACUUCUAUAUAUUUUUGGACAUUUCCUGGAGAGAAUAUAACUGCUGUAGAAAAUAGAAUAGCACAUGCAAGUAAAAGAAUAGUUGAAUCUGAAUUCAAACUUCAAAAACUAAAAGAAGAAUGUAUUAAAGAACAGACUGGUAGAGAAGAUACUGAAGAAAGGCGAAAUUUGUUACAAGAUAUACAACAAUUAAGAGAAAAAGAAAAUGAACUGAAAAGUCACAUUGCUAAACUUAGUGAUGUAGAUCCAGAUGCAAUUGCAAAAAUGGCAGAGAAAGCACAGAUGUUUAAAGAAGUAACCAAUAUAUGGACAGAUAAUAUCUUUGCCAUUCAAAGUUGGUGCAAGAGAAAAUUUGAUAUAUCAGAGCAAGAUCUCAAUAAACAUUUUAGUAUCUCUGACGAUUUGGAUUAUAAGGAAUACCAUAAACAAUGGUUUAUGAUAUGUCGAUACUAUCGCCCUCUUUGUAAUCAAGCGCAACGUAAUUAUUAACUAACUCAGUGGUUUUCACCUCUGAAUAUAAAGAAACAAACAUAACCUUUGAACGAG